GCCGCAUSGUCAUGGCGUCAAGCCAGAAUGUGGUUGGAGAUCAGCAYUACCAGUCUGAUGACAACAUCCUAUGCGAUGAUUGUGACAAGAUGUACAACGGAGACUGUCCAGAACARGGACCUCUUCAGUGGAUCAAAACAACACAAGCUGUUGACUCRAAAAACUACGCGCCAUGCAUUGCRUCMUUGCCWGACGGUCUGCUUCUGAAAGAUAGUGGUAUUCCAGGAAAUAACAUGGGAGUGUUUGCCGCGAGAUUGAUCUACAAGCGAACAAUGUUUGGGCCAUUUGAGGGAAAAGAGAUCAUGAAACCAGACAAUCACCAUGAYAAAGAUUUGACGUUUGCAUGGGAUCUUUUACAGGAAGGAAUCCCAAGCUUCAUUCUCGAUGGAUCAGACGAGAAGCAUAGCAAUUGGAUGCGUUUUGUGACGUACGCGCGCGAUAGACGCGAACAAAACUUGAUAGCAUUUCAGUACAAGGGCCAGAUUUUCUACCGCACUUUUAGGGAUGUGUAUCCAGGAGAGGAGCUCAUGGUAUGGUAUGAAGACGAGUACACUUGCAGUCUUGACGAACUACAAAAUGAAUAUUCCAGGGAUCAAAUGCCAGAGUUUGCAUGCCAGCGAUGCCGUCUAGUGUURGCUGGAUCAACAUACUUAUCCAAACAUCAUAAGUUUCGUUGCCCUGACGGACCCCUCCUAAGUACGUAUGGAGCUCGUACAACAGGUCUAGUGGGUGCCCUGUUUCGCCUUCCCGUAGCCAUAGCAAACGACUCCUGGUCUACCCCAGUAUCUAACAACGAGAAUAAGUCUCGUUCUGAAACCGAGUCUCAUCAUGGACGACGUAAYAGAAAACCACGCAAACUUCCACGGCCGUCUGAAAUCGAYGAGAUCUGGAAUCCAGAGCAGCCGUURGGGCCUCCCCAGAUAGGGGACUUGAGUGACAUCGAUCCUGAACCUGUAGCAGAGCCRACCACAGUUUUGUUACCACCCGAAACACAYACYCUAAAUGCAAACACUGUWGAUGAUAUUACWAUUGAGAUGGAAAACAAUAAUACUAAUUAUCUAAAGAGACUUACAUCGGAUGAAAUCACACCCCCUCAACUUGAGAAGAAGCCAAAACUUGAUAAUGGUAGCCAAUUCUCCUGUUCAAGAAGAAGGCAAAACUCCUUUGAAGAAACCAAGGAAGGAGCCAUARAUGUGUUCAUUUUGUGGCAAGUCGUUCGCGUGCCCUUCUUGGCGCGAUCGACACGAGAAAACACACACAAAGCARCUSAAAACAAUCCAACCUGAGCCCGAGGUUUCCACCAGUAAGGCCGUCCGUUCUCCAACUGACCGCUCGCUUCCUCAUGUUUGUAGCGACUGUGGUAAAGGAUUUGAAUAUCCAUCUCGYCUUGCYCGRCARCGUGCWGCUAAACACCCACCUUCAAAAGCCAAAACCGCUGACCCUCGUAAGCAUGUUUGUCGUGACUGUGGGCGCGGAUUUGCAGUACCAGCUUGGCUGACGCGCCACAGGAUGAAAGCACACAGCAACAGUUUUGCAUCAAAGAAGCAUAUGUGCGGUGUCUGUGGGCGAUCGUUCGCUGUUGCCGCGUGGUUGGCCAGACACCAGAAAGUACACGAAAGUUCAGUAGAACAAGAAAUUACRACCCCCUCUAAGGACUCCACAUCAACCUCAUCUGAACCAAAAAAGAAGAAAUUUCAGCUGCCGUGGGUUUGUGGGGACUGCGGAAUCAGAUUCAAGUUUGUMUCKUGGCUGAAAAGACAUCAYAAGAAUAACAAGCAUAGCAARGGUUACUUCGACAGGGAGGACCAGCAAGACUUGUAUAAAUGGGGCUGCGACCAUCCCGGCUGUGACAAGGCCUACAAAUUGAAACACCAUCUUGCUCGRCACAAGCUCACUCAUCUUCGUGGCUCCGAGACGCCUGAGAAAGUUGAGAAACCAGAACCUAAUUUCGUGUGCAAACUCUGCGGUAAAGAGUUCAUGACGAGAAGAAUGUUUACGAGACACGAAGUGAAGCAUUCCCUAGUGAAAGCGUCUGGAAAGUUUGAGUGCAGUAUUUGCAGCAAAGUUUUCGACACAAAAGAUUUGUUGGAGAGGCACUUUAAGAGAAUCCACGGUAAUGAAGUGUCAGCGGAGAGCGAAUCUCGCGCGAUUGGACCACCAUAUUCUUGCCGCUACUGUAGCAAACAAUUUGACCAACCAUUGGCGUUUGGCAGACACAUAGCUCACCAUAAGAAACGRGAAAGAACCUUAGCUGCAAAGGAAACAGCAAGUGCCCAACAACAGCGUGACAAAACCAAGCGUGACACCUCCGAACGUGACACCACCAAAAGCGAGUCAUCAGAACGUGACCCACCAAAGCGUGACACCUCCAAGCGUGACACAACAAAGCGUGACAAACCUGCUAACGAAUACCCAUACGAAUGUGACGAAUGUGGUCGMCGCUUUGCGGUAUCGUUUUGGCUAACGCGACARAAAGCUGAACAUGAGAAUGAGCACCCUCACAAYUGCGACGAGUGUGGGAGAAGCUUUGCUGUAGCGGCUUGGCUAACAAGYCACAAACGAGAUCACGAGACUGCAACGACGACAGUGACGUCACAUGACAUCAUCAAACCUGAACCAAUCAUGAAAGGAAACUCUAAAGUCUACCAGUGUGACGUAUGUGGGAUGGAGUUCACAUGGCCUUCAUGGAUGCUGAAGCACCGAAAACUACACAAAGUACAACACACUAAAGUUAAGCCAAAGAAAAAGAGCGCCACGAAAAAGACAGCAAGUGUCGCUAAAACUGAGGACGCAGAGAACUACGAAGGGAAGAGUGUCCAUGAGAUGUUCGAGAUGGUUGAGAAAGAUGGCGUUAGGGAGUACCAAUGUAAAGCCUGCAAGAAGACCACGAUAUGGCACACAGGGAUCAUAUACCAUAUUCGUGUUCACCACACCCAUGAGAAGCCAUUCAAGUGCAAAGUUUGUUCGAAAGCCUUUCAUAUGUCAGGUGACUUGACCAAACACAAUCGACGUCACACCGGAGAAAAGCCUCACUACUGUCGAUACUGUAAAAAGAGUUUUGAAACGUCUCAGCAGGUCAAAAAGCAUGAAGAAUCUCACACGAAAUCCAGUCCCUUUCAUUGCAAGUACUGCGGAAAGGGAUACCGUGAUAGAAGUUCUGUCUGGAGACAUAUUGCAAGGAAAUCUUGCCCAGGAAGUACUCAAGCUACGCAGAGUAAAUCCAGCGCGACUUCGGUACUGAAAAAAGCGAGGAAGACACUCCGAUCGCAAUCUCAAGCCCCAAAUGAACGACUCGAAAAACAGGAUAAACCAGAUAAACAAGAAAGCAAGCAAAAACUGGACAAACUAGAAAAAUCUGACUCCAAACAAAAGACGGAGAAACAGGAAAAGCAAGACAAACCUGUUAAACAAGAUAAACCAGUCAAAAAGGAUAAACUUGGUAAAUUUAAGACAAAGUCACAAGAUAAGAAAAUGGCGAAGAAAAAGUCAUUUCUUUGUAAGAACUGUAACAAAACGUUCCCGAACUCAGAUGCCUUCAAAUCGCACAUCAAAAGCUACAAGAAAAAUAACCAAAUUGUAUGUGAGUACUGUGGAAAGUGCUGGGUUCGUACAGCUGAUCUGAAGKGGCACCUUCGCGUGCAUACCGGAGAACGUCCCUAUYUCUGCCCUGACUGUGGUCUGGCAUUCAAAGUYUCAGAUGCACUUAAGCGUCACAUGCUAAAGCUKCACCCAAAAUCAACCAAGAAGAUCAUCGUCGUGAAAACAGAGAGUUCAAGCGAUACGGAGAGUAAACAGCUAUUUCUUGAUGAUUCACUCAGUGAAACUACUGAUAAUCAACCUCAGGACAGCAACGACAAUGAACCAAGUUCAUUAAAAGAUCAACAAAACGAUAGCGAAGAYGAAUCUUCGUUGAAGGACACUAAUUUAUCGUCUGUGGACGAUUCGGAUGUACAUGAGGUCAGCGCUGAUGGAGGUGAUAAUAUUUUAGAGCAUGCAAAAGAAGAAAAUGCGAYAGAAGACGCGAAACUGGAAAAUGCACAGGAGGAAAAUGAGAAACUGGAAAYUGCAAAAGAAAAGGAGAAACAGGAGAAUGAGYAARCGGAAAAUGCGAAUCAAGAAAACGCYAAACGAAAAAUGCCAAAUCACGAWAAUGUUUAUCAGGACAAUGAAAAUCAGGAAAAUGCGAAACACCAAGYAGWAAAACAGGAAAACGAKAAUCAAAAUCUUCAACAGAGUACAAAUCCGAAGAAGGUCAAACGGCCUAAAACGAAGAAGAAGAAGACCAAAAUCACCAAACACAAAUGUGACUUUUGUGGGAAGCUAUACUCUGGACCAGGUAAUCUGGCACGUCACGUUCGUCUUCACACCGGCGAGAAACCAUUCAAGUGCAAAGAAUGUGGUGAAAAUUUUAUGCGCUCUGAUAUUCUUACACAACACAUUGGCAAGCAUCACUUCAAGUGAGAAGCGGAUCAAGCAUCGCAGCUUUGAUAACGAGAAUUAUUCAAACUAAUGGAAGAAACCAUUAGAGUGUUCUAUAUUCGUGACUUUAUGACGUUUGCUUCUGAGGUAUUCGUUUUAUGGUCGGAAGAAACCUGUCAAAUUCUUCAUGGCAGAAACCUUUCAAAGUAUCUCAUGUUGUUGUCAUCAGAAAAGCCAUUUAAGUGCUACUGAGAAAACUUUCAAAGCUUAAUUGUAAUCUUUAAAAUCUUAGUUGGGCAAAAUUUUGAAAACUCAUCAUUUUGCCAUUGAAAAAACCGUUCAAAAGUUUCCACGAGGAAACCAUUCAAAUGCUUCACCGAGGAAACCAUUCAAAUGCUAUUGCGAAAACUGUAUUUCCAAAUGUGUCGUGGUAAUACUUUGGAGGAUUUUAAAGAUAAAGGAAACGCGUCAAGUGCUUCAUUGAUAAAACCUUUUAAAUGCUUCACUUAGGAAACCAGUCAAAUGCUUCAUSGAGGAAAUCUUUCAAAUGCUACRGUGAAAACUUUGGUUUCAAAUGUUUCGUGGUAAUGRUWUUGAGGAAACGUGUCAAGUGCUUCAUUGAUAAAACCUUUCAAGUGCUUCACUUAGGAAACCAGUAAAAUGCUUCGCUGAGGAUACCAUUUAAAUGCUUUAAUGAGAAAACCAGUCAAAUGCUUCAUUGAGGAAACCUUUCAAAUGCUUCAAUAAACUUUUCAAAUGCUUCAGUAUCAUCUAAACCUCACGAAGGAAACGCAUAGUUUAGCAAARGAUGGAACAUGAUUCAAAGUUCACUUAUUUGAUCAAACAGUCAAGAUGUUAAAAUAUUAUCGUCAAGACUCGUCAUUUGCGAAGCUGUAAACAUGGUACAUUYCACAAGACUGAAUAUUAUUGUUAUUGUUAUCUACCUGUAGCAUCAACCGUAGUUUGUUUGUAAUUUAGUGAUUAAGUGAUUCUCGGUAACUCACGUCACUUCGCUAAUCAACAUGACGUCAUGUAGUGGAAAGGAUCAUCGCGGUCCGUCCCUUACUGAUAAAAAAAAAACUAAAUAUUGAUGUACAUAAAUGAGACAUAGUAGCAUUUAAGACUACUUUCACACAGGGCUGGUCAAGUAUUCUUGGUAUUAUUGGUGAUCAUGCUCAUYAACGCGCAGCCAAAAUGCCCCAAAAUGUGAAUGAUUCUAGUAGAAUUAACGCGCUUAAUCCGUGGAAUUUAACUAGCCUCUUUGUACUAUUUUGUGCAAUCUACUGUUAAUUGUGUUCAUUAAGAACAAUGGUGAUAAAAAGGGUAUCCGAGUGAUCGCUCUUAACCCGUGCAACUGUACAAACUAAAUAGUGCUAUUUAGUUGUAUUUAGUUAAUCGUGCAUGCGGGUUGCACUUCAACGAUAAUGGUUGUAAAAUAAAGACACAAGACGCAUUUCUAGUGAACUAAAAAAAGUCACAGGACGCAUUUCCAGUAAAGUAGGAUGCAAAUUGAAUUGAUUCUAUCAAAUGAAGCAUUCAAUGCCGUAUUGCUUCAGGUCCACUUUUAGUCCAAAUUAGUACUACUUAGAUUUUGUACAGUUGCACGGUUUAAGUGCGAUCACUCUAUUUUGGUAUUUUGAUUUUGUACACUGAUUUCACGGAUUACAUGCGUUCACUCUACCAGCCUUUUGUAGAACGUAGUCUAACGUAGAGGAAUCGGAACCCAGCUGUCCGAGGCCCGAUUGACUGAUUUCCGUUACUGUUAUUUUCAUUAUAGUUAGAUAUAUUUUUUCAAAUUGAAAUAUCUAUACAAUAACAUGUAUGUAAUUUAAUAUAUUAUAAAUACAAGUAAAUAAAUAUACGUUGAAAUCAAUGUGAUUUUA